AUGGCAAUCCCUUACUCUAAUGCCACCUGGGAAGUUGUGGAUUCCAUACCGCUCCUUCAGACAAUCUUGACCAAACUACAGGGUUUGCCAUCUAAUCCCCCAUCACUAUUCGUGGACUUGGAGGGCAUCAAGCUUGGACGAUCCGGCUCUGUUUCUCUCUUAUCAGUCCAUGUGGCAACAACCGCAAAGACUUAUAUCAUCGACAUUUUCAAGUUGGGAGAAGAAGCGUUCACGGCCACAUCAACAACAGGGACAAGUCUCAAAAACAUAUUGGAGUCUGAAAAUACUCCCAAGGUGUUUUUCGACAUUCAAAACGACUCCGAUGCGCUAUUCAUCCAUUAUGGCAUCAGAGUGGGCGGUAUCAGAGACUUGCAAGUCAUGGAGUUUGCAACACGCCGAGGUCCCCCUGCCAGGUUCAUCACAGGCCUGGCAAACUGCAUCAAAUACGACUGCCCAAUGACAGAGUCGCAAAAGCAAAGUUGGUUGCAGAUGAAGGACCGGGCAGGGCGACUCUACGACCCGAACAAGGGCGGACGUUACGAGGUGUUCAACGAACGGCCGUUGCGAAGGGAGAUAUGCGAGUACUCGGCCCAGGAUGUGGCUCUGCUUCCAAAAUUAUGGGAGGCCUACUCAACCAAGCUGAGCCAUUCCAACAAGGCCUUUUGGCAAAGGAUGGUUGAUAAUGCCACUCUGAAACGCAUCAAGCAAUCACAGAGCAAACACUAUGAUGGACAAGCGGAGUCCAAGAAAUUCGGUCCUUGGACGGCUGAAGAGUUGGAAGAAGCUACCAAGUCCUGGAGAGAGGGUACUAUGCAAGGGUGGCUGGAAAGGCGCCUAGAAGGAUGA